AUGCGAUCUGCUCCCGGCCCCGCCCCUUUCGCUCAACUGGCCUGCCAGCUCAAACUGUUGUACACUCGGGUUACUGGUCAGCUGGCCGGCAUUGUCAACACCCUCGCCGAGUGCGUAUCUGAUCCGUCUUCACGACGGAGGCGACCGGGUGUGUUGUUAUCAGGUCGCAGGAGAGCGCCUACGCGAUUGCGUGACCGGGAGAGAGAGAGAGAGACAGCGCAGCCCCAUUCGGCGCCGUACCCCCCGUCCCCUCCCCCAGUCAGCCUAUGACCCCAUAUCGCGCACACACCUUAUCGUUCGGCCGAGCGAGCUGCUACUACCAGCGCCUCGGCGGCGGCGGCGGCGCGCCGGCAGCGCGCCGGCAGCCGGUGCCAGCGUUCGCCUCCCUCCCCUUCCUCACCAUUAUCUGGCGCCGUGGCAUCCGCAAACUCGAUGGCGCAAUCCUGCUCUCCGCCACCUGGUUGUCCCAUUAAGGGGGCACAAAGCAACUCACAGGGCCUGUGCACGCACGCCGUAUGUGUCCACUAGGAGGGGGGGGGGGGGCGGAGGUAAUAUGAGGACUGGUUGCCAUUAUCACCUACAGCGGGACCUGCAUCUCCUGCCUGACACCGCUCCUCCCCCCACCCCAUCCGCCUGCGCUAACCCCUCCCCCCUUCCCAUAGGUAGCUGAAUGGGUGGGGGUGGCUGGCUGGCUGCUGUCGUAAGGCACGCGGCAGAACACGAGCGUGUCAAACUGUUCAAGCCCACAGAAGCCGACUUUUCAACCGUUCUUCUAAUGGACAGGGCUUAAUACGCAGCCAGCACGCGAUAGGGAACACCACAAAGAGAUUACCAAACACGCAGUUGUUGUCUAAACGCGGUAUUGAGGAAAUUAGAACCGUGUGUCCUGUCGACUUAAAUGGCCGAGUUCGACGAAAAGGUCUGGUAGGCCACUUACCGCCUUUAGUGGUGGCAAGAAUCUGGGCUAUUUAAACAGGGCCCUCCCCCCCCUCCUCCGUUUUUAAUCUCACGCGCGCGGCCAGUAGUGUCACCAACACGUUUGUUUGAGGGAUACCUAACUAGAACACAAAAAGCCUCAGAGUCUACAAGGAACGCGAUGACGGACUGUUGACUGUUUUGGGCGUUGACGGUCUAACAGGUCUCUUCGGCUCAUUCACAUGCUUUUUUCCCUCGCUAUUCUGUCAGAUGUCUCUUUGGUGACUGCAGCUUGAGCUCAAGACCCGCAAAUAGUUUGAAAAUAACCAAAAAUUUCCCUUUAUAUAUAUACAAUGGUAGGGGACGCUCACCGAUCGUUCUUACGGAACUUUCUCGUUCUGUUGUGCCCUACGGGCUCUCUCUCUCUCUCUCGAGCCCAACCAGCAGCCGCACAGCAGCGCAGGAUAUAGGCAGAAUGGUAUUGCCGACAAACACAAGGGAGACUGAAAUGGUCAUUUCUGGCUAAGUAGCCGUCGUAGGCCAAUCGUACCCAACCCCGAAGCCUCGGGCAUUCCACACUUCAGGGUUGGGUAUGGCUGGCUGACGACGGCUAAUAAGACAGAAAUGGUCAUUCUAGUCUCCCUUGUCUUUGUCGGCAAUAAAAUACUGCCUAUAUAUGUAUAUUUAAGAACACCACGUUUCUUUUCCUGAACGGUCCUUAUUACCGCCAAUUCUGAUUACAGGUAGCCUUGCGUCAUAGUUGACAGUGGGGUACAUAUCUGCAUCCUAAACUUGAAGCCUGGCACAUUUAUGGUAAGUGAACCAGCGUCGUUGUGUCGCUGUGCGGUCGCUGCCCGCUGCUGGACAAUUAGUCAAAGUGUCAAACCCUGGGUUUUGGGCUCUAUUUAUAGUGCUCGCGAAAUUGAGCAUACUCGGUUCAGCUCGCAUUGCCGUUUUCCGGUGAUUGUCCUGUUCUUGCAGUAGCCCUUGAUGACAUCUGAUCCUCAAUUGACUAAGCAGUUCUUUCGAAAUGUGACCUUUGGUGGCAAACCAGUCGAACUGAAAGCGAUACCGACAGGAAACUGGGGGUGGUCACUUCCGGCUUAUUAACCGACGUCGGUAUCGCAUAACCUGGGGUUCAUAUCCGGAUGCAUUAGUGACAGAGCGUUUUCAAGUCCAGCACGCUACGAUUUGAGCUAUGGGCCUGUCCUCCUUUCGGGAGGACUCGUGCCGAUAAGGUUACGGGAAGUGUUUGUCUCAUUGUACCUUGAGGCUGGAUUUAGAGCCAUCGCGAACGGUCACACGGUGACUAGUAAUAUAUGCAGAAGUGGUAGCGGCAAAGGUAAGGAAGACAGGGAUGGCCAUUUCUGGCUUAUUUAUCGUCGUCAGCCAACCGAACCCAUCCAGGGAUCCGAAAAACAUGAUACCAGGUUUGUAUUUACCGAAAAAUGCUCAUCUCUCUCUCUUUUUUUCAUUUUGCUAGGCAACAAACAAUGAAUCCUGCCAUCAUUAUCAAUUUUUACAUUGGCAUGACCUGAACCUAGCUCAUCGUUACUAUGGCAUUUCGAAAGCUUCCGGCCAAUGCUGCUCUGCCACCACGGCCUAAGAGGUCAACCAUCCAGGCCCCAUGGGAGGGGCAGUGGGCGGUGGUUUAUGAUGCGGCCACUAACCGCCCCCCAUCUAUCGUGACGUAGUACAUGGAGUCAGUGCCCUAGGGGUGAAGGGUGAUAGGAGACAUGCAACUCAUAGAAGCGAAGAGACGAGUCCCAGGGAGCAGUCAUGAAGAAAGAGGCACGAUCGCUGGGACAAGAGCUUUAUUAGCCUGACGUUUCGGAUUCCUGCCCGUACCCAUCAUCAGGGGCAAAAGCAGAUACGGGUGGUUCAUGCACAAGGGGCGGCAGUGUUUAUAGGAUAAAGUCGCCAUGCUACCGCAUACCUAUGAAUAUUCACGGCUCCCUCUUCAUCAGGGAUCGUUGCACGUUGUGUGAUGGCUGUUUGAUGGCCGACAUUCGUCGUCGCACAGGUGAACACCUUUCCCAACGUCAUUGUCGGUGGAUCAGAUGGUCGGGCAAUCAUCACACCAACAUCCAACGCACGUGAUGAAAUUGCAACAAUUGACGACGCGAAUGUCGGCCAUCAAACAAUUAGCACACCAAGUGCGACGAUCCAGGAUGAAGGGAGGGGGGAGCAGUGAACAUUCAUAGGUAUGCGGUAGCAUGGCGACUGCAUCCUAUAAAUACUGCAGUCCCUUAGGCAUGAACUACCCGUAUGGGCUUUUGUCUCUGAUGAUGGGUACGAGCUGGGAUCCGAAACGUCAGACUAAUAGGGCUCUUGUCCCAGCAAUCGUGUCUCCUUCUACAGGACUUGCAACCGUUAGGCCCCGUAGCACUCGUGCCCUGCCACGACUCUGUCUGACUGAGUUGUCCGUGUGCGGUGCGGUGUGUUGUGGACGGCCAGCACAGGGAUUUAUCGAUGACUUGCAAGACCACGCCCCCUCAUAAGUUUUACCCGAGACGCACGGUUUCGUGAACAGUCCUCAUUCUUUUUACUAGCGCUUUUAUUCCUUAAAACGCAUGUCUUUUUGUUCACUGCCUGCUCAUGUUGACAUACUUAAAAAAAAUCAAAACAUACCCGUCAGUGCGCUGUGCUUUCUAAGCUUUGAAUUCCGUGCUCUUCAUUCAACAGCUCAGUGCCAGCGACGCUGACGAGGGCCCGCGGGGCAAAGUCACCUACUCCAUAAUCAGUGGCAAUGAGGAAGGUCACUUCGAUCUGGAUGAGCAGACUGGCUGGCUGUACAUUAGCAAACCCUUCCAUCAGGAGUUACUAGACGAGGGCAACAGAAGUAACAGUGGCAGUCGCCUGUUAGGAGCCAGCAGUCUCUACGAGAACCGUCUCCGCAUCCUCUCGCUGAAGACCUUCCGUCUCUACCUGCGCGCUUCCGAUGGCGGUGAGCCGGUGCGCUCAACAACGGCUGUCUUGGACAUUCGGCUCUCCAGACCCAGCGGCCUGGGCAUCAAUGUCCCACCAAGUCCACAGAAACUGACAAACAGCGCUCUACAGAAGCCCCUCCUGAGCAGUGCUCAUGCCUCGCCGAGAGAAGGACAUAGACUGGCAGCAGCAGCAGCGACGCCGCCACAGCCGCCGCCGUCGCCUUCGCAUGCUCUUCUAAGUCCCGGUGGUCAGCAGUCGAAGACCGCACUUGCAGCCAGACCCACAGACUCGGAGGAUCGUUUCGGCAAUUCGGAAUCACUCAUUGUGAUCGCGGUGAUGGUGGCUGCCGUGGCUGCUCUCCUCUUCAUCGUCAUCAUCUUGGCCACUGCCUGUGUACGGAAGCGCCUCUAUGCUGGCAGUGGAUUCACCUCCGCGGCCUCGCCCACCCUUGGCGGUGAGCAUCUUCAGCAGGGCGCGCAUGUCAUGCGUCAGCAGAAGGUGGCGGGGAAGAACUUUGAACUGCGAUUUCCGUCGCUUGAAGCCUCCCCCAUGGAUGGCACCGGUGCUACCGAACCAGCGGCCUCCAAACAGAUUUUGUCAGCCUGCAUGCAGUUGCCAGUAGAUCACAACUCAACCUACGUCACGGUGACAAGAAACAGUCUGCAGCGAAACAAUGGCGGCCUUUCCAUUCGAGGCGGUUGGUUUCCCUUUUCUUCUUCUUGUUAA